UUUUAGUUCUGAACAAGUCAGCUUAAAAAUGUCAUUUUCGUGUCUCGAAUGGUCCCAAUUAAUUUGUGAAAAUGUUAGAUAACAAAGUGAUCUUUGAGCGGAGGGGAGAGCGUAUGUUCGUCAGAACGACGUCCGGCUCUUGACAAGACAAACAUAUCCAUUUUUAUGCUGUUUGUAUGUGCCACUACUGAGGCUCGACUGUAGAAAAAUGGGAAGUACGUCGUCCAAGUUCAAGAAGUAUCUUCAACAUGGCGACGAAUUUGCCGCUAUGCAGAUCUAUCAGAAUUCUCCCGAGCUGCGGAAGAACCUCGAUCCAAAUCUGAGUUACGGGGAGAACCACAACCACAAUACCGCACUACAUUACGCUGCAAAACAUGGUAUGAAGCAUUUACUUCGAACGUUUUUGAACGAUUUAGGAGGCAACCCAAACAAAAAGAACGGUUUGAAUGAAACAGUGUUACACGCGGCAUGUCAGAUGAAUCAGACGAAGAGCUUCAGUGCUCAAGAACGCCGAGCAGCCUGCGUGCAAUUGCUUCUAUUUUGGAAAGGGCCUGCUCUCAGCAGUGGAGGCAGGGAAAAGGUCGAUCUCUCAGCGCAAGACAAAGAGGGCAACACCGCCCUACAUAGAGCAGCUCAGUCGGGUCUCAAAAAGUGCGUUGAACUGCUUCUCGUUCAUGGUUCUCCAUUGUUUCUGGAAAACAGCGAUAAACUUACACCAUGCGAUCUAGCUAUGAAAGCUUCCCACCACGAUAUUGCAAGACUGCUGGAAAGCAGGAUGGUAUUCGCCGAUAGCGCAGAUACUGUAAACGAAGGCGAGAUCAUAAACGAACAGGAAGAAGUCUACAGCGGUUUAAGAAGCCAAGAUCUGCAGGAAGCUAAAGAUCAACUCUUAGUGGAUACUUCCGACAUGCUGAAAAUACCGUUAUUCACUGCCGAAGCUUUGUUACGGGAUAACGAAUGGUCGCGAGAACUCCUGCUGGAAAAAUGGAUGCGCGAUCCCGUAGAAUGCUGCCAUCUUGCAGGGGUGCAAGCUCCCGCUUCGGUGCUCUCCCACGGAGGUUCAAUAGAAUCGAGUAUAUCAACCGAAACAUCGGACGAACAGGAAGUGACGUGUGAAAUAUGCUUGAUGGCAAUUCCUCGUGAAUGGGAUCAGCCAGUAAAAAUAUCGUGCAGGCAUUUGUUUUGCAAGACAUGUUGGCAGAGUUAUCUCACCACCAAGAUUCAAGACGGAGAUGCCCACCACAUUCUAUGUCCUGCUUACCAAUGCCACAUAUUAGUUCCCGUUGAGUUCAUAGAAAAAUUGGUGAGUCCUGAGAUGGCCAGGAGGUAUCUGCAGUUCGAUAUAAAGGCGUUUGUUGAGAGUAAUAAGAGUAUAAAAUGGUGUCCUAUACCGGGUUGCGGAAGAGCUGUAAGAUUGCCAGAGGCAGAACAGACAUCUGGUAAGACCAAUGCUAAAGCGAGUCUGGUAACUUCGCAUGCGGUGGAUUGCGGCAAUGCGCAUUUCUUCUGCUGGGAAUGUUUGGGCGAGGCCCACGCCCCUUGCGGCUGCAAACAGUGGCAGGAAUGGCAUAAGAAAAUCGCCGAAGUGAAGCCUGAAGAACUGAAAUCGGCCUGUAGCGGUACGGAAGAGGCUGCGAACUGUUUAUGGUUGGUGACUAAUUCGAAGCCUUGUCCUAACUGCAAGAGUCCGAUACAAAAGAACGAAGGCUGUAACCACAUGAAAUGCUCGAAGUGCAAAUUUGACUUUUGCUGGGUAUGUCAAGAAUCCUGGAAGAGGCACAGCUCAGCAACUGGAGGAUAUUUUAGGUGUAACCGGUUCGAAGCUGUACACAAAGCUGACGAGAAACAGGGUAGUUUGAUAAAUGAUGCGCUCGAGAGGAACAAUCAAAUGCAAGAAAUUUCUCGGUUUUUGCACUUUUACACAAGGUUCCGAAAUCAUGAAAACAGCCAAAGACUGGAGGAGCCUCUGCUGACCAGCGUAAAGCAAAAGAUGGAAGUGCUAGCAAGCAGUUUGGGUAUAAAAAAAGAAGAAGCUGUGGAAAAGAAUACAAAAUUCAUUGAAGACGGUGUGAGAGAAUUACUUAAAGCCAGACGAGUGCUUUGUGGGUCUUACGUGUAUGGUUACUAUUUGGAAGACGACGGCUACAAUAAGAGCAUAUUCGAAUUCAUGCAGAAUGAACUUGAAGAAGUGACGGAGAAAUUAAGCGAAAUGAUUGCCAGACCGUAUUUACGCACUCCAAAGGCCGUCAUAAUUCAGACAUCAGCGUUGGCCAGGAGAAAACGCCACGAAUUUAUGAGGGCCGUUGCUCAGGGUCUCAUACCACCCGAAACACCACCAAUGCAACGGAAAAGAAAACGGAGGUGCAUGGACGCAAAUGCCCUCCAAACGAGCGCAUGGCUGAAAGAUUGCGAAUGGCCCGACUACGAUACAGAUGAGGAAACUGACUUGAGCGUGACAUUGAAGAAACUUAUAAGGUCUCCGGUAAAGGAACACGAAUGUGGUUUACUAUGUAGCAGCCAAGGGUGCACUGGCAGAGCAGACUAUAAUGUGGAACUCGUCAUAGCUUUGGAAAUGUCUAGACUGCAAAUGAUCGAAGAUAGAAUGAAACAGGCCGAAGCCAAUGCCAACACCGCCAGCAUCGUGGUCACACCCGUCCCGAGCUCCAGCAUAUCGAACAACAGCAACGAGAGCUCCGACGACCAGCUAAAGCUAGCCAUAUAUUUGUCGCUGCAGGAAUCGGCAACGGUUUUAAGCAAACGCGUGCAGCAGCAGGAGGGUGAGGAAUCGCAGCAAAAUUACCAGAAGAGCAACGCAGACAUAACAGUGGAUUAUUUCCUGAAGUCUUUAGCCAACCAUAAGAUCGACUUGCAAGCGUUGGACAGAUUUGGCGACCCCGAGAAGGAUAUUCUGUUCCGACCCUGUAAAGGUUACGAAGAUGGUCGGUUUAAGAUAUCAGAUAUUCACGAAAACGGAUUUUUAUUUGGCGACGAGGAAUACGACGACACAUCAGUGCUCAAACGAUGCCACUCCACUGGAGAUCUCGUGACUCGACGUAAUCGGAGAGGGGCAAAAAUGAGGAUGAAUGGAAGCGACGAACCUAGGUAUCAUCUUGAUUCAGACCAUAGCAGUCAGCACGACGAGAAGCCCGAAGAUAUGGUCAGAAGAUUUUUAGCACUGCCAUCUACAUCGAUACGUACAAAACAGUUUCUUUUAAUGCAGCACGCUCAUCCAGAGGAAGAGUCGAUCCAGAGACAGAGUUCCAUCGAGGAUACCACAACGUCCGAUUCGAUGAAUGCUGACUUGGAAAUUUGCGGCAUUUUAAAUUCCGUUACCGAUGAAGAUUUAGGAAAUAAGACUUACGACGAGGAAAUCAAAAAGACUGACCCAAUAGCCAAAGAAAGCGAGUUUAAGAAACACAGCCACAAUCCGUUUGCUAGUCUUAAGGCAAAAUUCUGUUCUGCUCAUUUACCAAAAUCCAGUUACCUAACCAGAAUUGCAGUUAAUAAAAGUAUAGAAUUAAUAAAUGAUGAUGAAAAAUCGCAACCACACGACCGUGAAUGGAAUAGCAAAAAGGAAGAGACCUCCAAAAGAUGUGCCGAGAGCGAAUGUAGAUGUGAGAAGCACAGCCCGAAUAAACGCCAAAAUUCCAAGCAAAGCAAUUGUUCGAAGUCCACAGGAUUUUUGGUUGACGACAAGAAAAGAAAUGAUAAAGGCUUAUCUUCUCAUCUUAGGAUCAAAAUCUGCAAUAGUCCGCAGCAUUUAAAAGGCGGUAAGGGAUUGGAGACUGACAGCUCGAAUGAAUACGAGAGCGAGACUGGCAUCCCCAAAUCGCCCACGCUGUUUAUUUCAGGGGUUUCGAUAUCGCGUACUCCGGAACCCAAAACUCCAGGUUUCAGUUUAUCCCAGAAUAAUGGCGGGAGGCAAUCUCGCUCAUCGAGUUUAAGCGUUCCUGUCCCGUUGAAUUCGUGCUCUCUCAGCGUAUCGAGCAGCAGCUUGAACACCUGUAACAACAGCACCACCUUACCUCCCGAGCCGUUUACGCCGUCACUGGUACGAUCCACCACUCCAUCUACCUCCAGGUCGAAUCUAACAACGCCCCAUGGUAGUCCGUCGAAAUCGCUUAAAGACGAUGGAAAAUCGAAAAGCGCCAGCGAACCAGAAAGGGAAAGAGAGAUAUUUAGAUUUCCAAAAUCUUCAACCGAUGGCGCGCUAAGUUCGGUCCUACAUGUGCAGGAGUCGAAUCUUAGCUCAGACGAUUUUCACGAAGCCUUGUUUCUAUUGGAGCGAUCUCCGAAAACCAGAGAUUCCAAGCGAAGGAAGAAAUCGAAGAAGAAAGAGAAGGACGACAAGAAGGAAAAAGAAAAGGAAGACGUUAGCUCAGUUUUAUAAUUGUUAUAAUGAACUGUGUGUAGUACGUAGUUCAUAAUCGGGUUUUUGGUUUCUAGAGUUUCGUUUUUUCAAAGAGGAUCGUUUUUGUAGUUUUAACUGCGACGAUUAGGCAAUUUACGUUUUCUUCACUUUUCUAAAAAUUUUUGCGUUACUUACGUUAUUUUUUAAACAACAAUAGCUAAUUAAAAUUUUGUUUCAAGAUUGAAAAAUGGAAUUAUUUGGAGCACAAUUGCAAAUCUUUGAAAAAGCAAGAGGAAUUCCCAAUGAAAGAAGUUGUACUGGGUAAACCAAUAACUCCUUUUCAGAAAAUUGUUUUAACGAGUAUCGAAAAACAUACAUUUUCAAAAUAUUUUCAAUUAGAGGAGGUGUCGUGGAAAAGCUUGGCAAUAGAGAAAUAUAAUUUUUUUAAUGAAAUCCUCUAUAUAUUUUUGAUAAAUCUGUUGAUAAAUCAGCCAUCAAAAAAUGAAUGAAAAGAGAAUCGCUGCAGCAAUGGAAAGACAUACCAGAACAAUGAUAGACAGUACAGCCUACAGGGUAAAGCACUAACUCCUUUAGCACAAUUUCGGAAAAAUGUUUUAACGAAUUUGGCUUAUUGUGGGGUUGAUAGAACCACCAACGAUGAGAUUCUUCGCAGAAUGGACAAGGAAUGCGAAAUCUUAAACAUCGUAAAGCAGCGGAGACUGGAGUACUUAGGCCACAUUAUGCGAACAGCGAUAUGGUCUGUUGCAGCUUAUUCUGCAGGGUGAGGUCUUUGGAAAAAGAGGUCCAGGACGGAGGAGAAUCUCAUGGCUCCACAAUCUGAGAAAAUGGUUCUCUCUUACAACCACAGGACUUUUCAAAGCAACAGUCGACAAGAUUAGAAUAGCCAUGCUAAUAGCCAACAUUCGAAACGAAUAAGCACCUUAAGAAGUAGAAGGCAUAUUGUCGAAAAACAUACAUUUUCAAUUAUACGAGCUUGGCAAUACAAAAAUAUAUUUUUUAAUGGAAUCCUCUAUAUAUAUUUAAAUAUUAUGAUUCCUACAAAAUCUGUUGAUGGAUCAGCCAUCAAAAAAUGAAUGGAAAGAAAAUCGCGGCAGGGGUUAACAGAGAUGAUAGGAUAAAGACAGACCUGUUACAAAAUAAGGAUCAGAAGAAUAAUGAGGUGAGACGUCUAAGCCUUGUGGGACUGUAGGAAUACACUCAAUUCAAAUUCUUUCAGGAAGAGAAGGAAUCAGAAGAACAUAUAAUAUGCCAAUAUGGCAGACCCUUUCAUAGUGCAUUUGCAAUUACAGGACGCAACUGAACCAGAGGACUCUUAUCAAAGCUCUGAGCUCUAAUCAGAGAAACGAACCUAAAUAAAGCUGUAUAGCUAUGGAGAAACAAGAGUGGAAAAGGCAUUUUGAAAACCUGCAGAGGGGAGGCGCAACAAAUACUCUACAACGGAGAACAACACAACUUUGACAUAAAUAAGGAAACAGUAAGAAGUAUUUCAAUAUCCAUUAAAAAUCGCAAAAGCGCUGGGCGCGAUGAAAUCACAAAUAAAAUACUAAAGUAUUGGCGGAAAGACUACGAAAAGGAAUAGCAGCACUCUUCAACUGGCUGAAAAAUUCCCAAUUAUUGAAAAACCAUCAUAACAAUUCUCAUAUUAAAAAAAGGGCUACAAAGGUCCUCAGAAGACUGGUUGGCACACCAUUAAAUAGCACAUUUGAAAGUUUUACAAAAGUGUUGACUAAAGAAAGAGAAAAAAACAUUCAAUUAAGAAAGAAACAUUAAUUUGUGGGAAAAACUGCUCCACUACUGAUGCAAUCGUCAUGCUAAAACUCCCGCCUAUGUUUCCUUUGUGGAUAUAAUUAUAAUUAACUGUUGAACCAACUUAAGAGUAGGACAGUUACUAACUAAGCCAUACUUUGUCAAUGUAGUAAUUAUAAUUACAUAAAUGCUGUCAAAGACAUUACGAUAUAGAAUGAGAGAAAUCCAUUUUCAUAUAGUGUGCUAUGUGGAUGACGCUGAUUAAGAGGAUAGAUUUAAGGAGCGAUGGAAAUUUGAAAAGCACAAUCAUGAAUCGUUUUCGUAUUUCUGGAUGCCUUGAAGUAAUUAUACGGAGGAGUAUUUAAAUCAAAUCAUGGGCAUAAUGGAAAUGAAAACUGUUAGGUCCAUGUUAGGAAAAAUACAACGGAGGGAAAAAGUGGACUCCUAGAUAUGACAAAAAUAGGUUAGAAUAAGAAAGUUCUGGAAUAAACACGUAAACAAAAUGAACGACUAUAGAGUGCCAAAAUAUAUAAAGAACAAUAUAUCAGUCGAAAAAAUAUCUAGAGGAGGACUGCCAAUGAGGUGGAAAGAAGAAGUAGUUGGGCAUUUAGGUCAGUCUUGUACUUUUUUUCAUUUUAUUAUUUAUUUUAUUAUAUGUAUGUUGAAAAUAAAAAACUCUGAAGGCGAUGAAAAAUUACAGCUAAAGGAGAAACACCGAUGGCAGAUGCGGCUCGAGAUGGCUUGAAGGAAGAUGAUGAACUUAGCAACACUUAGUGUUUCUACGCGUGUUGGGCAUCCACAAUCUAAGCCCAGGUAAAGCACGCAUGGCAUGAGAUUGAGACAGAUCCUUGCAAAAACAUCAACAUUGAUUUUAUACAGCGACCAAUGCGGGAGUCAAAAUGGCAAUAUAAAAGUUGCAUCAAUUUGUACAUACGCGAUGGUUUCCAAUGAUUUUUUCCCUUUUUGCUUCCAGCCACUCGUACUCGCCGUGCCACAGAGACUUUGAACUGAUCGGAAAACAAAAUUGAUUCUACCAGGACAUUUUUUUGCCUGCGUGAAAGUUAUUUUGAUUGCCAAGGAAACUAACAAAUUUCAAAUGCUAAAAAUGAAAUCUGAACACUUUAAAAGUGCCUGUAGGUUAGAAUCUAGUUCACUCCUUUGUGUAAACAAGUUGGACAGACCUUUCCAAUCUUUAGCACAGCUUUCCAGUAAUUUGUAAAGUUGGUGUCAAACACAACACCCAGAUCUCUCACACCUCUCCAAGGAGACAUCGUUAAGUGUAUAGUUGAACAACAACUAAUAAUUCAAUAAAAAGAUAGAACUUUGCAUUUAGCAAUAUUAAGUUUUAGAGAGUUAUCACAGCACCAUUGAUUUACCAUGAGUAAUGCGUUUUAUAACCUCUUUCAAUAAUUCUGGUUGGUGAUAUCCAGAAAGAUGUUUAGGUCAUCCACAAAUUACUGAAGAUGAUGAUAUUGGCCUGGAAACGGAUGAAUAAGAUACCCAAGUGAACUGUUCAUUAAAAAUGAAAAUAGUUUUGGUCAAUAUAUUUUCUACCAUAAGACGUAUAGAUUGUACUGUACGUAUUUCACUAUCUACAGUUUAGUAAUAAAUAAAGUGGUAAAUAUUAAACAGAGGAAAUGGUUUAACAUUGUGCUUUCUUUUUUAAUUGCAUAUGUCUUAAAAGUUUUGCGCUUGCACCACUACGCUUCUAAGCAAGUCGCUUGUCUUUCAGUUUCAUCCAGACUCGUUAAAACAACUUUUGAAAAUUGGGCUAAAUAAGCGAGACAUUGUGUCUUUUCAGUCUGUUAGGCCACCGUUUAUGUAUAAAAUUCAGUUUGCCAAUACUCAUAGUAGGUACAUUAAUCAAACAAAUUUAGGCCCCUUAUUUUUUGGACCAGUUACCAGUUACCUUUAUAGUAUCUCCAAAACACUUUGAAAAUCGUUAUGUGUAAGAUUUUAACAAUUGGAAACAAUAAUGUAAAUUACGGAAAACGAAACUUUACUUUUCCCGAAAACUAGCGAAGAAAAAAAUCUUGUUAUCUGUGUAUAAGAAGACUGUCGAUAUAUGAAACUUAUUGUGAAAAACUAUCGAAAUGUAUUUAAAUAAUAAUACGCGUAAAUGUGAUAAAUUUUAUAAGGAUGAACAUUGAAACAGUGACCAAACCAAUUCGUUUACUGUAUAACGAUAUUCUUGUAUAGUUUGUUAUUUUCCUAGACCGUGAUUUUCUAAAAUUAUACUUGUAAGGGCGCGAUCGUAAGUUCGUAGCUUCCUUUGAUCGGUCGACAAUGAAAGGAUUUCUGGUGCUUCCACAAACAGGGUCGAUGACGGAAAAUCUGUGAUUAUUUAAAACUCGAGUUGUGUUACGAACUUAGCGAAGCGGGAGCCCUAAUCAUCGGUGGAUACUAUACUUACGCUGAUUUUUUAAGCUUUGCAGUUGCGCCACCAUUCAUUCCCUAAUUUCGAAACGCCCAUUUAUAAAGUCCAAUAUUGCGAGAACGGGAUUGCGAAAAUGUAACCUAAAAUUCUAUGAAUUCUCGAGUCCAAAGAAACAAAAAGUAAGAGCUAGGAUCGCGUGGUAUAAAACAAUGCAUUAAACAAAAUUUGCGUAACACGCUUAGUCUCCUGGCUACAAGAGGAUAUUGAAAAUAGGUUCGUCUUAUAUUUCAGUGGUCUGACAAUUUAUUUUUGCCAUGGUAAGCGGUAAAAUCAAAUACUAAACUAUGGUUCGUUUUACAUGUUAGA